AUGGGAGGCUUUGAGGGUCAUUUGUUCCCAGGACUGUGUUUUUUCCUCUAUGGGCUUUCUCAUGCACGACUCCUCUCCAGGGCUUUGAUAUGCAACUCCCCUGUCCAGUAUCCACCACGCCGCCCUUGGAACAAGGGAGGAUGGGCACGGCUGUGGCAAAUGCACUGGACUGGCUUCGUGAAGAUACUGAGUGCCUGCAUUGUAGUGGCUCAAGAGCUCUAUAGCGUCUCGGGCCAGUUAGUACUGAUGAGCAAGAUAUAUCAUCAGAGAAACUUUAUGUACCGCAAACAGUGGCAGCAUCUCACUCUCUAUAUGUCCUUCUUUCUGAGUGGAUGCUUGGACGUGGUGAGCCAGAACCUGCUUCCUCAGAGGUGCGCUGCUCUGGAGCAAGGCGCCCAAGCCCUGGGCAUAUUCAUGUACCUGCCCCUGAUGGUGUCUCACAUGCAGGACACGGAAGGCGUGGAGCUGCAGUCUCACAGACUGCUCACUCAGGCCAUGUUCCUGCUGACCCUCGUGGUGAUCACGGAGCUGUGGGCUCCCGAUGAGCCGCUCAUCUGGAUGCUGAAGGCCUUCUUGUAUCUGAUCACAGGCUCUUGGCUGAUGCAAAUAGGGUUUAUGCUGUACAAACCCAUCUCUGGCUAUAAAUGGAGGGAUGACGACAUAAACGAUGUAACGUUCACCACUAUCUUCUUCUGUUGGCACGUGGUGCUUGAUGCCGUGUUGAUGAUCGGGAUCUACAGCUUGUCUUUUGUGUGGCAUCGCUGCAUGUUUGUCGAGGCCUAA